CAUGUUCGGAAAAGAUGGUGUACAUUUGAAGGGUCUCAGGGUGGGAGCGACAGGAGUUCUUUACAAACAACUCAAAAUAAGACAGAAAUCAGGAGAACUUUUACUUGCUUCUGUAGAUAAGUUCAAGACUUCAAAGGUACAACAAGAUUUACCAAAACUGGUCAAAGAAUAAUUUAUUAAUACUGUAAAUAUAGACCUGUCAUGCAUGUCUUCAAACAUGCUUGACUGAUGCUUACAUUGGGUUGCACAGUGUUCAAGCUUGCCAAAGUUGCGGAAUAAUGUGGCAACGCGACGUUAACGCGUCGAAAAAUAUAUUCAAGUUCUCAAGAUAAGUGAUUGGUGGUCAUGGGCGUCCACGGGAGUUCACGAGAGAACAAUAGGUC